CUUAAAAGAAAAUAUGGAUUAUUGUGUAGAAAAUUGCAAACAAUUUGCAAAGUGAUGCAACAAAAACGCAACUAAAAAUAACACAAAUAAAUAGGCUGGUAUUAUUGUGACAUUUUGCAUAACGCUUAAAAGUAUACUACGGUUUAAGCUAAAAGCUAUAGAAUUUGUAGCAUAAAAGUCAAACAAAUUUCUGCAAAAAAUGUGGCUAAAGUAAAGUGAGUUUUGAGGCGCUGCAAGUGUGUGUAUGUGUGCAUGCCUGACAGUGCAGCACCACGAAGAACACGGCGGGCGGCAAGUAAACGCCGUAAGCCGUCUAUGCGUGCAAACGCCACACAACGAGAAAAGCAAAAAUAGAAAAAUUUAUAAUACAGAAACAAGCAAAUGAUACUUGCAAGCAUAAUAAAGUGUGAAAAUUCUGCAAAAAAUUGUGAGCUAAAAGAGAAAUAUUAGUCACCGUACAUUCAACGUGAAAAUAUGUAAUUUUCAAAAGACACGCAAAAAAAUAUAAUUACUUUGAUAAAGUAUCAAAGAAACAAAAAUUAACAUAAAUAUAUAGCUGAUGUUGGCCUAUAAAACGAGAGAACGUAGGUUUUAAGCAAAAUAUUACUUGCACAAAAAAAAAAAAAUUAAAUAAAACUAAAAAAUUCAACAAAUUAAGAAGUUGCAACAAAAAUUAUAAAAAAAAAAUUCUGCUACAUACCAAAAUUUUCCGAUGCAACUUUAUUGAGAAAACAAAAGUUUAUUUUAAAAAAUCACAGCUUACUUUCCUGCUGCUCAACUACGAAAAUUGCUGUUACAUACACACAUACAAAGGUGCAUGAAAAAUUCGUGAAACAAUUAAAAUAACAUAAACUACGGCAACACCAAACUGCUAGCACGAAAAAAUACAGCUUUAUAAAAAUUCAGUAGUAAAACUUACUAUAUGAAAAAAAAUUAAAAUUAUUACUUAAAAAAAUAUAGCAAUUAAGGCACACAAUUCAAUGAACAACGAUUACAACGGUUUAUCAGCAACAUAGUAUACAAAUUGAAUAUACCAAGUAUUAGUAAAAUUACUGCAAAAUAUCACGAAAACAAAAAAAAAAUAGUAAUUAAAUAUUUAGAAAUAUUCCAAAAAUCAUAAGCAACAUUUCGCCCUUAAAGCUAUACAAAGUUGUGCAUGCCAUUAGCAGCUAAACCAAUGUUGCAGGAACAAAAAUGUUUGGAAACAUUGGCCGAGCAAAAAAAGCGACAAAACAAAGCAACUCAAAGCACAAAGCUGCAUGGCGAUGAUGUUGCAAAAGAUGCAGCUAAAGUAGUAGGCGUUGAGCGUUGUAGCGUAGACGCUGAAAACCAGCGGCUGAACAAAGCUUUAAACUCAACUUUGGCAGUCUUUGAACGCACAGCUUGUCAACAUGUUGCCGCACAACAACGCCCAUGCAAAACAAGAACAACUACAACCGAAAACUUGCCGACCAAACGUAAAAAUGCUAAUGUUGGGAUAACAGAUAAAUGCAUGCUGAAUGCUGCGCCACGCAACACGACAAAUGGCGCUAGCAACAUUGUUGACGUAACAUCACUAGCAGAACAUACCAAUACGCAUGUCGCGUUGCCAGCAGUUUUAUCUACCCAAACUCAAGUAAGCGAUGCGCGAUCAACAACGAUCCUUGUUGGGAAUGCGUAUACAAAUAGCGGUGACCUAAAUGUGCUUGGCAACAUGCUGCCGCAACAAGCUGCGCUGCCACGUUUAAAGGCCAAUGAAAUGUUGCAGCCAAAGCAAAGCGUUGUUACGGCCAUUAGUGCUGAGAAGCUGGAAAAAAUUCCAACUACUAAGAUGAAAGCAGCAGCAUUAAAAACUACAACAACAACAACUCAAAGUAUUAUUAACACAGAUAUGAUUGUGGGAGCGGCAGCAACAUUGCCGUCGCUCAAGCACGACCAGCAAAACACCGAAAAGACGAUAGAUUUUAAUAGUCGGCGUCGUCGCGGACGGCUAAGGUCAACGCGUUUUGAUGCGAGUGAACGCGUUCAUAACGUUGUGUCUGACAGCGGCAUAACUGGCGCCGUGUGCCGCACGUUGCUGUGGCUAGCAACAUACCUGGAAAGAGUUGCGUGCAGUCGCGCUAAUGCUGGCUAUGGCAAAAGUGAUCCAUUGCUGUAUGUGUUAUCGUUGUUGUUGUCGCUGAUAGUCGUCAAUGUAAAUAGAGUGGCAAGUUUAGUGAAUGAAUUUAAUAAAAAUGAAGUGAAUAAAAUACAAUUAGUAAAACCUAACAACAACACUAAAACCAACACCACAACCACAAUCACCACCAAUAAAAAUAAUAGCAACAGCUCCAUUAAAAAUAACUUAAAAUUAAUCACCAAAUCUACUCAAGCCAGCAGCGUUACUAAAGCGGGGCAGCUGACAGUGGAGGUUGGCGUAAUUGAAAUGGCUAUGCCUACAACCGAUUCCGCCUCCGAGCUGGCGCCGUUAGGGGACGUGAAGCCUAAGCGUGCAUUCAAAGUGAAACGUAAUGGUAAAUUGUGCCCACAAAAUGCUGCCUCAAUUCCCAACUCAGCUGCGGAGGUGGCCACUAAGCAUAGCAGUAUUUCCGAAACAACUACGCCUAAUGCUGCGCUGGUGCGUGACGCGUCAAAUUGCUCAGCCGCUCCCCAGCAAGCAGACACUACCACUUAUAAUCGCCAAACCUUUUCGGCCAUCUCGUGGCGUUGUAGUCAAAUGCAGCUCCUCUUCUAUGCCUUCAUCUUAUGCACAUCCAUUUUACUUCCAUGCGGCAAUAAUUUGGUGUACGCAGCCAAGCCGAAAUCCGCUACACAACUGCAGCAGCAGAAACAGCUACAGCAACAGCAAUUGCUGUUGGAGCAACAGCAACAGCAGCAGCAGCACCACCAGCAACAUGAACAUCAUCAGCAAGGACAUCAAGCUCAUCAGCCUGCCGCUGGACCUAAUGGUGGUGUUGGUGUGCCCGGUUAUCCAGGUCUGGGUAUUCCCGUAGCCGCCGGCGGUCCGGGUGCAGAUUUGACACCUCCAACUUAUCAGGUCGUUUCAUCGCAAACAUCGAAUGAAGAGACGGAGUUCGUAUUCCCCGCCGAGCAAUCGGAUGAGCAACUCUUCGAUCAGGAGGAGCAGAAUUUGAAUGUUGUGGAAAUCGAGGAAGAGCACAAUAAACCGUACGAAUUGGAUAGCAACGAAACCAUCCAUCCGAAUGUGACGAAAGCGCCGCUCUUCCCCAAGGAUCUCUUCACAAAAGAGCAGCUGGAAAAUGGUGCUGUUAUCUUUCACAUAAUCGGCGUAAUUUAUAUGUUUGUAGCGCUCGCCAUUGUGUGCGAUGAAUUCUUCGUGCCUUCCCUGGAUGUGAUCAUCGAGAAAUUGGACAUCACGGACGAUGUAGCCGGCGCUACGUUCAUGGCAGCCGGCGGUAGUGCGCCCGAACUCUUUACCAGUGUCAUUGGCGUAUUCAUCUCGUUCGAUGAUGUGGGCAUUGGUACAAUUGUCGGCUCAGCUGUCUUCAACAUACUCUUCGUGAUCGGUAUGUGCGCGCUAUUCUCCAAAUCGAUAUUGUCGCUGACAUGGUGGCCACUCUUUCGGGAUUGCUCCUUCUACAGUCUCAGUUUGUUGGUGCUCAUUUACUUUUUUCGCGAUAAUUUCAUCUUUUGGUGGGAAGCGCUCAUACUUUUCAGCAUCUACAUAGCAUAUGUGGCCUUCAUGAAGUGGAACGUCCAAGUGGAGAGAUUCGUGAAGAGGCUCGUAACGAAAAAUAAGGUGACUCGCGUCAGAAGUACAGAUCAGCUUAUGCCAGCAGUAAGUAGUUGGGAAGUUUUUUUGCAAAAAAAAAAAAGAAAAUUAACAACAAAAUUUGAGAAGAAGAAACAUUUGAACAAUGAACAAAUUUUAAUUCGAUUAAUAAAUUUGAGAGACAACAGAUGCAACAACACACAGUAACUUCGAUACGAACACAGCAUUUGGCUUAUUCGCUUAUGAAUGAAAAGCUAUAUGUCAAUACAGAAAAAAAAAGAAGUCAAACUUAACAUUAAA